AUGGAAAAAUCCAAAAAUUUCCGGAUCGAUGCUCUCCUAGCAGUCGACCCUCCCAAAGCCGCCGCCGCCGCCUCCGCGCAGACCUCACCGCUGGCCUUGGUCACCUCCCUCGCCAACACAUCUGGCCACAGCAGCAGCAGCAGUAACAGCAGCAGCUGCAGCCCCCCGUCCUCCUCCGAGCGCCACAGCGGCGGCUCCUCGGACUGCCUGCGGACCGAGAGCCCUUCGCCGCCGCGGAUCCUCGCCGCGCAUUGCGGGCUGGUGCCCAAGCCCGGCUUCCUGACCAGCAGCGCCAGCAGCCAUCACCACCACCACCACUCCGCCGGGGGCAUGGCCCUGGGACUGCACCAGGGGGGAGCGGGCAUCCCCACCCAGGCCGCCCUCUACGGGCACCCCAUGUACAGCUAUUCGGCAGCCGCUCUGGCCGGGCAGCACCCCGCUUUGUCUUACUCCUACUCCCAGGUGCAAGGGGCUCACCCUUCUCACCCUGCCGCAGACCCCAUCAAACUCAGUGCCGGGACUUUUCAGCUGGAUCAGUGGUUACGAGCAUCCACAGCGGGCAUGAUCCUCCCGAAAAUGCCGGACUUUAACUCCCAGGCGCAGUCCAACCUGCUGGGGAAGUGCCGGCGGCCCCGCACCGCCUUCACCAGCCAGCAGCUGCUGGAGCUGGAGCAUCAGUUCAAACUGAACAAAUACCUCUCCAGGCCCAAACGCUUCGAGGUGGCCACGUCCCUCAUGCUCACGGAGACCCAGGUGAAAAUCUGGUUCCAGAACCGGCGCAUGAAGUGGAAGCGGAGUAAAAAGGCCAAGGAGCAGGCGGCGCAGGAGGCCGAGAAGCAGAAGAGCGGGCUGGGCGGGGAGGACAAGGCGGACCAGGAGCUGCUGCUGCCGGCCCCGGAGAAGAGCAGCGGCCGCCGCCUGCGGGAGCUCAGGGACAGCGACCCAGAGGAGGAGGAAGCCGGACACUGCUGCCCCUACAACUCCUCCGACUGCUCCGAGGGUGACGAGGAGGAGACACAGCCCCGCAGCAGGCACGCCUCCCCGCUGCAGCCGCCCCCCGGCCAGCCCCAGUGAGCCAGCAGGCGGGCUCCCCUUCUCCUGCUGCUGCUAUCCGGUCCCAGACCUUUUAGCCCUACACCAGCCUGCCCACCCCCACCCCAGC